CAGCUUUCAGAUGGAUUUGAGUUCAUUCGUAUUAGAAGGUUCAGAGCAUAAAAAUAAUGAUUCAAAGUUGACCUCUCCUGUUAAUCCAUUCUUGCCGUCAACUCAUUUGGGUCAUCACUCUCCCAAUGCUAGCUCUCAUAAGAAUGGAUUUAAAUCAAGAAAACUCACAAACAAGGGAAAUGGUGUUGAUUUCCUAUCCCAUAGUUAUGCAUCUUUUGAUGAGCUUGAGCUGAUGGCCAACAAUAAAGAAGUCAAACAUAAUCUGAAGCUUGAUAAUUCUGACGUCAUGAUGACGAUAGCAAUAGAAGGCCUGCAGCACCCUAGAGCUGUUGCAUUUCUGCUGCUUUGGUAUUUCUUCAGUGCUGGCACACUUUUUCUCAACAAGUACAUCUUGACAUAUCUCAGCUUCAAUCCAUACCUCAUGUGUGGCUUACAAAUGCUCAUUACAAUGAUGUGUGGAGCUGUGCAGAUGUGGUAUCCAAUGGGCUGCUACAAACAUGGUCCUAAGAAAAAGAAACCUUCCAAUUUUUAUUUUAAUAUGAUUAUACUUGGCCUCCUACAGCUGGGCACUAUUUUAUUUGGCUUGGUGGCCCUCUAUUAUGUGGCAGUGAGCUUUGCAGAAACAGUGAAAAGUUCUGCGCCGCUUGUGACGGUGUUUUUGACGUGGCUCCUAAGAGGGGAACGCACAAGCUGCCUCGUGCUGCUGACACUACUGCCUGUGAUGGGUGGCCUGGCAGUGUGCAGUAGUGGCGAAAUUUCCUUCAACUUCCUCGGUUUUUUGUGUGCACUCACCACCAACGUGUGCGAGGUCCUGCAGAGCGUCCUGUCCAAGACGGUUCUCUCUGAUGCCUCUUAUGACUACAAUCCUGCAGAGCUGCAGUUCUACCCUAACGCUGUAGGGGUGGCAGUGCAGGCGGUGGGGUGGCUCUUCCUUGUGUCGCGGUCAUCCCUGCAGCAGCUGACCGACCCUCACCUGCUGGUGGUCAUGUUGCUUGAUGGCAUCAGCUUCCAUGGCCAGACCAUCACUGCUUAUGUCCUCAUGAGCUACGUUAGCCCCGUCACCUACAGUGUAGCAAAUACGACGAAACGAGCCGUGCUCAUAUGGCUGUCAGUUUUGGUGUUCGGCAACGCCAUCACUUUGAGCAGUGGUCUAGGCACCGUCAUGGUGAUCGCUGGCGUGCUUAUGUACAGCAGAGCCAAGCAGCACGACCAGACCAAGAGGAUCCUCUUCUCGGUGCCUUCCACGCAAGUCGAUCGUCAUUACAAGUGAUCGUCGCGCUCACUUCAUGAGUCAAACUUGAUCAUUUCGAUCGUCAUUACAAGUGAUCGUCGCUUUACUUCACGAGUCAAACUUUAUCAUUUCAGAGAGAAGUGUCUCUGUUAACGUUCCAUGCUGGUGCCUUAUUUUUUGUUGUUGCGUUCUCGUUAGGAGUGAUAU